CCCGAGCAGCGACUCUCAUCAGACCAGAACAAAAACCGCUUAUCGAGUACAACAACUUUUCAAACCAAGGAUUACUGGAUUGCCUUCGUUGGAUUUAAUUUUCAGCACCGAAUCCUCGGCAGAAGCACAAUGACUUUGAACAAGGGCGACAAAUUGCGGAACAUGGACAAGAGGAGAGGAAGCGUGCCUUUCCCCAUGAAUUUACCCAACCUACACAGGAGAAGCAUGCCCGUAGACGACCGCGACCUGCGCGCCACGACGCCGCAGACCGGACAGACCGACGAGCUGUCCAAAUUAUUGCGGUGCACGUCCUACUCCCCAAGCGAACAGCACCGGGGCAGCUGCGCGUCGGACUCCUCCGACUCGGUGAUCUCCACCAGCAGCGAAGCAGACUCCCAGGUGUACAAAGUGGUUCUCCUCGGGGAGCACGGUGUUGGCAAGUCGAGCCUGGCGCGCGUCUUUGGUGGAGUUGAGGAUGCUGGUCACGACUGCGAUGAAGCAGGAAACACUUAUGAUAGAUCUAUUGUGGUGGACGAAGAAGAGGCAUCCAUUGUGCUGUAUGACAUCUGGGAGCAGGAUAACAGCCAGUGGCUGAAGGACCAGUGCAUGAGGAUGGGAGACGCCUACAUCAUUGUGUAUUCAGUGACAGACAAGUCAAGCUUCGAGAAGGCAUCGGAGCUCCGUAUUCAGCUGCGCCGAGCCAGGCAGUCAGAGAACAUUCCCAUAAUCCUUGUGGGCAACAAGAGUGACCUGGUGCGGUCCAGAGAGGUGUCUGUAGAUGAGGGAAGUGCCUGUGCAGUGGUAUUUGACUGCAAGUUCAUCGAGACGUCGGCAUCCCUUCACCACAACGUGCAGGACCUUUUUGAGGGCAUCGUCAGACAGAUCCGCUUGAGGAAAGACAGCAAGGAGGAAAAUGCACGACGGCAUGGCCACUGCAGAAGAAGAGAGAGCAUCGGCAAGAAGGCUAAAAGGUUUUUGGGCCAUGUCGCACGCAAGAACAAGAAAAUGGCUUUCAGGCAGAAAUCAAAGUCCUGCAUGACCUAACAGUUCUCUGAGUGACAGAUUGGGAAUGAAGGACAUUUUUUUUCCCCUUGGCCUCUGAAGACCAGAUGCUGUGUGUUUUAACACUAACCCAAAAGGACUAACAGAGCUGUACUGAAAUAUAUUUUUGUUUUUUAGACACCAACCAAAAGCAAAAGGAGGCUGUUGUCAAUGAAAUGACUGAUGUUGUUUGAGUUAUAGUAUAUCAUGGUGAUAACCUGCAUUUAUUUUAUCGUCUGCCUUAAAAUAUUGUCAUCAGUACGUAUAAAAAAACCCACAAAGGCUUGUUAUUCUAUGUGCUGCAAAAUUGCCUGGCUGUUGGGCUAUUGUUUAUGCCCGUGUACUGAAUGGGGGAGGGGGUGGGGUGUCGAUGUAUAUACUAAUGUAUGAAUGAAGCUGAAUGCAACAUACAUCUCAUUAUAUUCUAAGACAAGAGAAAGAUAAUAAUGCUAGGUAUCUGGAGUCAUAUUUACUUGAAGUGUGGUACGCAGGUUCGUGCCUUGGCCAAGUUACUGAGGACUAUUCAAAGCAUCUGCUAUUCUAUGUUGUUCCAUAACACUGAAUUCAGGUUGUGAAUGUCUGAGUAAAGCAAUAAGUUAUAUUAGUCUUGUGAAUUUUGACAUGAUUUGAAAAUUCUUUGUUACGUUGAGUUCCUUUUUCAAUAAAAUCUAAAAACAAUU